AUGCAGGCCACGAUCCCCUCUCUGCCUCCCUUCCUCUAUCGCGGGACCUCGCUGCUCGGGUUCCUCGCAAUGCUCAUUUCUUUCUUCGCUCUCAUUGGUGUGUCAGGUGUCACACCCGUUCACGCAUGGGUCGUUCCCAACCGCGAGAUUGAGGCAGGCGACCCGGUUUUGGAGGAUCUUGGGAUCAUCAGCCAGCAGUCCUUCCUGUGGACAGUAGAUCUGCCCAUUGGAACUGUCAUUAGUUUCACGUAUGUUCAAACUGUAUUCACCAAGACUCCCGUCCAGCCCUACUACCACCAUCUCCACCUCUACGGCCGGUUCCACUUCUACAAAUGCUUCUACCUCUACGACAACCUCCACCUCCACAUCCACUCUUUCCUCUUCAACGGAACCCACCACAAGCUCACCCUCCGACACGACAUUCAUUUCAAACGCUGA